AUGAUCCUGCGGAGGACAUUGAUGCUUGUGUGUAGCACGGUCCCGGUGCUGCUCCUGCUGCUGCUGUACGGGGGGCUGGGCUCUCUGCAGCGGGCCUCCAGCUCCUCUCUGCGGGGCCAGCUGUUCGGGAGUCCGCUGUACAAGCUGGACCUGACAUGGCCCCGCAACCCGGAGCUCUUCACCGGGGCCGUGUUUGCGGUCGGGGUGGACCAGUAUGCGGGUGUGGUGUAUGUGGCCCAGAGAGGUGACGCCGUGCCCAGGAUGCUGGUGUUCAGCACAGACGGACACUUCCUGAUGUCCUGGAACAGCAGCUCUCUGGAGGAGCCCCACGGUGUGUUUGUGGCAGACGCAGCCACCUCCAGCCCCAGUGUGUGGGUCACUGAUGUGGGCUCUGGGCCCUACGGACACUGCAUCAAACAGUACUCUCCAUCGGGGAAGCUCCUGCAGGUCUUGGGAACCCCAGGCCAGGCUGGGACCGGCCUCAGUCCUCUCCAGUUUGAUAAUCCUGCUGAGAUCUACGUCCACUCUUCUGGAGAGAUGUACAUCGUGGACGGAGACGGCGGUUUGAACAAUCGUCUCAUCAAACUGUCCUCGGAGCUGGAGGUCGUGUGGGUCCAGGGGGAGAAGGGCAGCGGCCUCACCCAGUUCCACAUCCCCCACAGUGUGACCGUGGACUCGUACCAGAGGGUGUGGGUGGCCGACCGCGCCAACAAACGCAUCCAGGUCUUCAGCGCGGUCACUGGGGGCUGGCUGGGCACGUGGGGGAGCUGCUUCACGGAGGACGGGCCCUUCUCCGUCCGCUUCACCCCCGACAAGAAGCACCUGGUGGUCGUGCAGCUCGAUACCAACCAGGUGUCACUGCUGGAGGCGCCCCCUGUGGGUGUGAUCGGGCAGUGCAGAGUGGAGAGUGUGAUCCAGCUCGGGGAGGACACCAAGCCGCACCUGGUGGACCUGGAUCUGAAAACUGGAGCUCUGUACGUGGCAGAGAUUGGAGCUCAACAGGCCCAGAAGUUCACUCCCUUCAGCCUCGGAGGAAGUCUCCUUUAA